AUGACGCCUAGUACCGAUACCCCUACCCGUACCAUUCCAGAAGAACCGGGCGACGACGGCGACCUGAUGGACCAGUCUCGUGUGUCCCGCACCAAUCGAAGCUUCAAUGACGACGAGCCCGAGAAGAUUAUGAUUGCGAACCGCGAGGACAAGGCGGUCUGUCGCUUUCGAACUCUGCUGGCGCUCGUGCUGGUGGUGGUGGCGACCGGUGUCUCUACCGCUGUCUACAUGCUCACCCGCAACGGAGAAGUGGAAGACUUUGAGAGGCAGUACCAAGAUCACGCGCAAAAGGUGGCCGCUUCGUUCACCGACAACGCAGCCCUUCGUUUGGGCGCCAUUGAACUGUUUGCCGUAUCGAUUGCCAGCAACGCCCGCGCUCGUGGCGAGACCUGGCCUAUGGUGACCAUCCCGGACUACCAGAGGGUUUCCUCGUACAUUUUGGAACUCUCGGCCGUCAUGUCCCUCACGUUUCAUCCGCUGGUCCAUGCCGACGAACGCACCGAGUGGGGCGAGUACUCGGGCAACAACACCGAAUGGAUUGACCAGGGAACUGUCUACCAGGAACAGCGCAAAUCAGAGGACUAUGACUAUGAGGAGGAGAAGGGAUACACGGACUUUCUAAACAAGGUCUUUCGUGGCCCCGUCGAAGAUGGCAUGGUCAUUCGGCCCUACAUUUUCAACCUCACUGCCGACGGCAUUUCCCUCCCCCCUGACGACGCCGAACACUUUCUUCCCUGGUGGCAGUUUGCGCCCUUUAUCGAAGGCGUCAAUUCCGGUAUCAACUACAAUACCUUUUCGUCUUCCACCCGCGGACCGGAUCUCCAGACGGUCAUGGCCACGCAAAAGCCAUUGGUCACUCCGGCGUGGGACUAUUCUCUGCAGAACCGCGCCACUGUGGCCCGCAAGGCCGUCCUAAACAUGUACCUCAUGCGCUGGAAAGAUGGCGGCAAAAAGUAUGAGGAUGGACCCGCCAGUGAUUUGUACUUCCCCGUCUUUGAGUCCUAUGAAGAUGAAGACACGUACAUGGACAUUCCGCCGGAGGAACGCACCAUGGUCGGCGUCUUGUCGGCGUAUGUCUACUGGCAAAUCUAUUUUGAAAAUGUGCUGCCGGAUGCCGAUAACGCGCAAGGUGUGAUUGUUGUCUUGGAGAACAAUUGCGAUCAAGCGUUUACCUAUGUCAUCAAUGGUGCUUCGGCAAGCUAUGUGGGCAUGGGGGAUCUACAUGAUCCCAAGUAUGAUGAUCUCGUGGUUUCCACUGGAUAUGGAGCGUUCCUAGGAGGACACGCCGCCACGGGGGACUUUGACAACCAGUGCAUUUACGGCAUCAAGGUGUAUCCCUCUGUCGAAAUGGAAGAUCAUUUCCUCACCAGCAUGCCCCUGAUCUUCACCCUGGUGGUUGUCGCCGUAUUCGUCGUCACCAGUUUGAUCUUUGUUCUAUACGAUGUCAUGGUGGAAAAGAGACAAACCGCCGUCAUGAAAAAGGCCGUGCAGAGCACGGAAGUUGUCAACUCGUUGUAUCCCGCUGCGGUUCGCGACCGUCUCUUUGAUGCAAGCGCCACCAAAAGCGUCAAGACGGAUUCCAGUAGUUUUCUGGUCGAACAACCAAACGGUGGUGGAGCAGACGAGGAACCCGAUGGCAUUGUGGCCGACCUUUACAACGACUCCACCAUUCUCUUUGCGGAUCUGGCCGGGUUUACCCAAUGGAGCAGUACCAAGGAACCCAAGCACGUCUUUCAGCUCCUCGAGACGUUGUAUGCAGAAUUCGACCGCAUAGCCAAGAAACGAAGGGUCUUCAAAGUUGAGACUAUAGGUGAUUGCUAUCUGGCAAUUACUGGCGUUCCUCGCCCGCAAUCCAGGCAUGCUCUCAUUAUGGCCCGUUUUGCCCACGAGUGCCGCACGGUCAUGAACAAAGUCAUUCACUCCAAACUUGUGCACACCCUAGGCGAGGAGACCGCUAGCCUGCAGAUGCGAGUUGGGCUUCACAGUGGACCUGUCACUGCUGGAGUACUCAGAGGUGAUCGAGCACGAUUCCAGUUAUUUGGUGAUACCGUGAACACCGCCAGCCGAAUGGAGAGCACUGGAUUGGCAGGACGAAUUCAGGCCUCGAAAGCCACCGCCGAUUUGAUUGUUGCUGCUGGCAAGGGUUCCUGGGUGACCCAGCGAGAAGGAGGUGUAGAAGCCAAAGGCAAGGGCAACAUGGAAACGUUUUGGAUUGAUCCUCAGACAGAACCUACAGUCACCGGGUCUGUAGUGUCAGGAAUGACCACUAGUUCAGGCGAACGGGGAUCGACUGGAUUUGCCAGCGACGACGGUUGUGGUACCGACGGCACAGGAGCGGUGGAUUUAGGUUUUGAGGAGAUUGUCGACGAUAAGCCAGAUACAAAAGAAAGUCCACCAUCGACGCACGAUGACACCGUCGGUAUACUGCAGAUACAACAGCUAGCUAACAAGGAAGACUCAUGGACACCCAUCGAGUCGAGCGAAUACGAUGAUGAGCCGUGGGUCGACGGUCGCAAGUCAGAGCCAGUUGCCAUGAGCAAGUCGCGAAACCAAAAGCGGGACAUUUCAUUCCAGAGUUACCUUACGAGCACUGACGAAAAAAUGAAAGGCUACACCGAAGCUCAGGGUCAGAGCAACGAAACCGUCAAAGACGGUGAAGACAAUGGUGGGGAAAGCAACGCUAGUAACGACGAUUUGUACAGGCAGCAGCGGCAAGGCCGAGUUGACGGUUACGACACAGCAACGGCGGGAGAUGACAUAGCUUCGCAGCCAAGCACGAGCUGA